CGACCACUCCUCAUGGCGGCUGCAGCUGGUGGGGUGCGGCGCGGUUUUGACUGAGCUGCGUGCCUGGUGGGCGUGCGCCGAGCCCCAGCCUGGCUUUCGCGUGCCCCCACCCCGGGCUCUGCACCCCUGAUGCUGCACGGGUGCUGAUCCCGCCCCGGCCGGGACAAUGGUGAAGUACUUCCUGGGCCAGAGCGUGCUCCGGAGUUCCUGGGACCAAGUAUUCGCUGCCUUCUGGCAGCGGUACCCGAAUCCCUAUAGCAAACAUGUCUUGACGGAAGACAUAGUGCACCGGGAAGUGACCCCUGACCAGAAGCUCCUGUCCCGGAGACUCCUGACCAAGACCAAUAGGAUGCCACGCUGGGCUGAGCGACUAUUUCCUGCCAAUGUUGCUCACUCGGUGUACAUCCUGGAGGAUUCUAUUGUGGACCCACAGAACCAGACCAUGACCACCUUCACCUGGAACAUCAACCAUGCUCGGCUGAUGGAAUUUGGUCUUGCCCGGUUCAAAAGCAAUGUGACCAAGACAAUGAAGGGUUUUGAAUACAUCUUGGCCAAGCUGCAAGGUGAGGCCCCUUCCAAAACCCUUGUUGAGACGGCCAAGGAAGCCAAGGAGAAGGCAAAGGAGACAGCCCUGGCAGCUACAGAGAAGGCCAAGGACCUUGCCAGCAAGGCAGCCACCAAGAAGCAGCAGCAGCAGCAGCAGCAGUUUGUGUAGCCAGCCCAGACCCUGGUGCAGCAGCACACUAUACCACCUGGCUGCACUCCCUCUACCCUCCCUCCUUGUAUUUUAUUAUUAAAAGUCAACUUCCAGCCUGAUUUACUUUCUGGGUAGUGGGUUGGAGGUGGUAUGUGUUUGUCAUCUACAGUGCACCAGACAUGUUACCCAGUCUGGGCCAGACAUGCUUCCCACACCGGAUAGCCGAGGAGAGAUUUACCCAGGGUCACAGAUAGCAUGCAGGCAAAGUGGUCAUAAACACUAGACUGUAAGCUCCUUGAGAGCAGGGAUCCUUGUUUUGUUCUCUGCUGUGUCCCAAGUACCUGGAACAGUAUCUAGUGCAUGAUAGGCACUCAAUAAAUAUUUGUUGAAUUCAAUCAGCCCCAGCUGUGGAGUCAGAAAGCUUUGGUUUGAAUCUUGACUCCGCUGUAUCCUGGCUUUGGGUCUCAGGCAAGUCCUAUCACUCAGCCUCAGUCCCACCUAUAAAGUGGGGAAAGAGGGCCUCUGAGCUGUGAGAAUUAAAGGGGUACUGCCAGGCAUAGUCAACAGUGUUUGUGGUGGCUACUGAUCUCAUUUCUUCUUUCCCAUUUUAUGGCUGGGAGUUUCCCCAUUUUCAUCAGGCAAGACCAUGGACAGGAAAUUAAGAAAGCCUUUUAAUGAAAACACUGUACAGUAUCUAUAGGGGAAAGGCCAGAG